AGCUAGGAGUGUCAAAGUUCUUCUCCGCAUUCCGUGUGUGUGGACGGCGAGAACACGAAAAGACGGCCAAAGGAUGCGAUUGCGCACUUUGCCCAACUAUAACAAGGGACCUGGGAAUAACCUCUCACCGUUCACAGCUGAAAUAAUUGAAGGGCUUUCUCCUGUUAUUUAUUGAUGGUACACGGUUUGACCUUGACCAAAAAAAGUAAAGCGAUUGAGAAUUGAGCAAGUUCCGAUUUUAAAGACAAUGUGUGGACAUUGAAAUUGGUGGGAUCAUCGACCUCCCCAACAUGGCCGCCACGUCUCCUCCAGUUUUCAUAUCUGUGUUGACAGGGCAGUUUGCAGCCCGGGUGACACAUUCGUUGCCCCCCCGUCACAUGACUUUUUAUGUGACUUGCAUUUCCUCAUCCGGCCGGCAGCGCGUCGGUCACCUCACGUCCGACGAUCUCCGACUGCUCGACUCUUGUUUAGUUUGACCACCGCCAAGCAGCAGGCCAUCAUGUUCCGAUAUGCCGCGUUUGUUCUUCUCCUGGCAUUUGGAUGUGUAAUCCAUCUGUCAUGUGGGACAGAGGUGACAGUCCAAGACAAAGAUGACAAGUUGUGUCUUUACGCCAAUCUCUCGGUCAAUUUCUCCGUUUCGUACGUGACGUCAGGGAACAAGAGCGAGCUCGCAGAGUUUGAACUUCCCGCCGAAGUCGUGUCCAACGGGAGUAAAUGCGACGCCGCGAGCUCCACCUUGCAGCUCAACUUCGGAGCGGGACACUCCUGGAGCAUGAACUUCAGCGUCAGCGGGAACACGUACCAGGCGGAUUCCAUCACGUUCUCCUACAACCUCAGCGACGCCACCGUCUUCCCUAAAUCUGCAUCGACCGACACUCUCUCCGUGACCGUGAGGCCUCACAUCACUGACAUAGGCAUGGACACCUGCUACUCCUGCAAGAGCAAGGAGACCAUCCAGUCGGACUCGGUCAACCAGACCCUGUGGAACGUGCUCAUCCAGGCCUUCGUCAGCAACGGCACACACAGUGAAAACCUGACCACCUGUGCCGCCGACCUGCCCGCCACCCCCACCGCCUCUCCCACCACAGCGGCCCCGGUGACAAACACCACCGCCGCCACCCUCGCGCCGACGACCUCCCCCGCGCCCACCCUCCCCACGCCCGCCACCGGGAAGUUCAGCGUCAAACCGGACAAUAACGGCACGGCCUGUCUGUUGGCAAACUUCGCCCUGCGGAUCGGCGUCAAGCAAGGCGAGAAGCAUCAAGAGAUGAACCUGGACCCCAACGUGACCAGAGCGUCUGGAUCGUGUGGCGUCAACAGCAGCGAGCUGGUGUUGGCGUCUACCGACAUGACUGUGGUGCUCACUUUCACCAAUGGCACCAAAAAAUUCCGCCUACAAUCUGUGAAUGUCACCGCCAAGUUGACUUCCGGUGUGAUCUUCUCCGAGGCGAACAGCAGCUUGAGUCUGUGGGAGGCGGCGGUGGGCAGCUCGUACAUGUGCAACAAGGAGCAGAAUUACACCAUCACCAGCCAGCUGAACAUCUUCACCUUCAACCUGCAAGUGCAACCCUUCGCCGUGAAGAAGGGCCUCUUCAGUACAGCCCAUGAGUGUCCAUUGGACGACACCAGCAUCUUAAUCCCAAUCAUUGUCGGCGCUGCUCUGGCCGGCUUGAUUCUCAUUGUAGUGAUCGCAUACGUGAUCGGUCGAAGAAAGACCUAUGUGGGAUAUCAGACCCUUUGAGAAGCCGCUUUGCAAAUCAGCCACAAAAUGCGACGGGGUGGGCGGGGGUCCCCGCCAAGCCUGGUCCUUGGAUUCACGUGCAAUGAACUCAAUUGGCUCUUGACAAUUCAAACCCUUUCCAUUGAAGUCCGAAAUGUGUGAUGUUAUUUUGAGUGUGAAACAUGCACAAAAAGCAUUUGUGAGAGUCUUCAGGGACAAUAGUGUUGUAGUUUUUCUUCAAGGACCAAACUUGUCUGCACCCCCCCCCGUCUUUGUGGUUUUCUGUUUUUCAUUUUUUUUUAGGUUUUGCGAAUGAGCAAAUGCAAAAUCCACAUUUGUUAGCCACAGUCAUUUGGAAAUAGAACAUCAGAGUGCAGACAGACAUACAGAAGCAUCUCGAUCAAUUUGAAUAUCGUAGAAAAGUUCAAUUCAAAAUUGUAUUAUAGAUUCAUUAAACACUCAUUUUAAUUGUUUCUCUUGGUCAAUUUUGGCUUAGGUGUAAGUCCUACUUUUUGAAUUGAGUGAGCUUCUGAAAUGAAGUUUUCCCACAAUGUUUGAAUUUAUUGAGACGCACAUGUACAACACAAAACUUCCUUAAACAACACCCUCACGAUUCUGCAUUUGCUCUGCCGCCCCUCCCAUGUUGUUUCCCUUUAUGAUUUCAUCUCUUUGCACAUUAUAUUCUUUAAUUUUAUUUACUUUGAUUUUUUUGUAUUCUCGUCCCAAUAAUGCAGGGGUUGGGGAACCUCUUACGUUGUAUCGGCUAUGUAUGGCCAGUCAUGCAAUUGUACAAACAAAUUAACUGUUAUAAAAAGCCCCAAAACAUUGAAUCCGCAGAUGUUCAAAAUGUACCGUAUUUUCACGAUCAGAAGGCGCACUUAAAAGUCUUAAAUUUUCACCAAAAUGGACGGACGGGGCCCUUUAUAAUGCGGCGCGCCUUGUGUGUGCACCGAUUUCCAAAAUCUGUAAAUGUUGUUGUGUGACUUUGAUGAGCGCUCCGCUUGACUGACUGGGAGCAUUUCCUGCCGACACACUGCUCAUAUAGAGGGAAGGCGGACGUGACUGAGGACAGCAUGCGGACGUUAAAGGGGGAAGGGUGCGCGUGAAGGAGGACGCUAAAGGCUCGCCCCCAGUAGGUACAUAGCGCCGGUAUGCGCAUUGUGCAAAACAUCAGUUUGGCUCAGGACCCCCGAAAAUGGCACCUACGAAGAGACACGCUUACGAAGCACAGUUUAAACUGCAAGCUUUCAGUUACGCGGCGGAACAUGCGAAUCGAGCAGCCGCGAGAGAAUUCAAGAUCAACGAAUCCACGGUUCGCAAGUGGUGGAAGCAGGAAAACGCCGCCAUCAUUGCCGAACAGCCCCCCGGCAACGAGACUGACUCCGACAAUGACGAGAGGGAACCCGGCGUGUUUGAUGGAGAACUUGCCCGGCUGUUCGUUUCGGAUACAGAAGAUGAGGACUUUGAUGGAUUUGUGGAUGAGCAUUGAUCAAAAAACAACGUGAGUACAUUGUUAAAUACUUCAAUAAAAUACGACCGAACUCACUGUUUAUAUUGUUAAAUACUUCAAUACAGUACAACCGAACUCUGUUUUGCUCCUGCUGCCUUUUUAAAAACGUGCACUUUAGCGUGCAUGCAUGCUACCGUAUGUUUUAAGCUAGCAUAUGUUUUACCAUGCCCGCGCCCAAUAAUACGGUGCGCCUAAUGUGUGUGUGUUAAAUACCGAAAUCGAGCCCGUAACUUGAGACUCCGCCUUUUAGUACGGUGCGCCUUAUGGUCGCGAAAAUACGGUAGUUACUUUCUAAUAAGGUUGGGAAAAAGUGUGCUCCCCACCCCUGCCAUACUUCAGUCCAUUGAAAAUUUUCUCAGUAUUCCGAUGCAAAUCCUUCUCUUGAGUGCAAAAAAGAAGAUGGUUAAGCUCACUCAGUCACCAACGGGUGAACUUGUGAACCACUAGGAACACAUUUAAAAGAAGCAUUAGCCCAUGUUUGCCCCCGCGAAACAUUAGAUUUUGCAAUUGUUGAAAGACAUUUUUAGCCUCCCCCUCCCGACUUCCUCUGAAGACGUUUUGACGUGUGCGGGGAAACCAACGGCAUCACUUAACCGUCCCGCAUGUGGACACGUCACAGCGUUUUCUGUUACACUUUGCACGAUUCAGAAAAAUCAAUCUGAAGAGUCUUUUCUUCCAUAAUUGUUCUUAACACUAAGUUCUGAAAAGGGAUGAUAUUGUUUCAUUUGACAUUGUUUUCAUCUAAAUGCACUAAGAUGCUCCUUUAGCUUUUUUUUAUUAUUAUUUUUUUUGAUUGUCUUAGGAAAUUGUGUCACAUGAUGAUUAUGUGUUGUGAUCCAGGCUCUGAAGGCUGCAGGCGCUCCGAAAUCAAUUUGUAACAUUGUCACGUGGCAUCGGUGGUCAAUGUCAAAUCCUAAUGGAAGGUACAAUAACGCAGUAUUCUGCUUUCUGAUUGGCCAAUUCCUCUCACACUUCCUCGCGCCAUCCGCUUUCGCGUCACUUCCUGGAUGAUUUGGGAUUCGUGGGCGUCUUCGCGACCGCCCGGUUCGCCUUCCGCAGGUCGGCCAUGUUGAAUUCAUUAUUCCCAACAUUUUGUCACACGAGCACUGCAGCCCUGUCAGAACCUCAUGUGAACAAGGUUUUUUUUUUUUUUUUUUUUUUUUUUUUUUUUUUUUUUCAAGUCAGUGUGACACUCGUGUGUUACGCUGUUAUAUGAAUAUGAAGUAUUAGGGCCAUGCUGAACAGAAAAGAGUCACAUUUAUGAGAAUAACGUCGCAAAGCUUUGUUUGUUUAUUUAUUUUUAAUUUUUAAAGAAUAAAGUCAUACUUGACAAAUUGAAAAGACACUCAGUAGUCUUUAAGCGGGUACCCUUGUAAUAUUAGGGAUUAUAAUAUUAUGACUUUAUUAUCUUAAAAUUAUCUUUGUUUUGGUCAGAUUACAACUUUGUUCUCAAAAAAUGUUGAUUUUUACAACUUAAUUUUUGUAAAUCAUGUUAGUCAUAUUACAACUAUUUUAAAAGUACACUUCCCCCCCCUCAUAUUACAACUUUAUUCUCAUAAAAUGGCAUCAUUUGUCUCAUAGUAUUAUGACUUUAUUUGCAUAAAUUACUCUUAAUCUUGUAAAAUUAAAACAUUUUCCUUGAGUAAAAUAUUUUUCCCAUAGUGCGUAUUAUGACUACUCAUGAAAAACUCUCAUGGAAGUUAUUUUUGGUCAUAUCAUUUUAUUCUUCUUAAAUUACAGCUUUGUUCCUCAUUACAUUAUUCUCAUAAAUUACUCUCACAUUAGUUUUUUUUUUUUUUGUCACGACUUAAUUGUAAACUUCCCAUUUCCCCCCCCCUGUAUAUAAGUGUGUGUGUGUGUGUGUGUGUGUGUGUCUCAUAAUUCUAUCACUUUAGUCUCAUUGGAUUUUUAUCUUUUCGGUGUGGCCCGAAUACACAUUUGUGUUUAUGGUUUAUUUUUAUUUUUGUCUUGCAUUUUAAAAUGUGCUCCUUAACUUUGCUUUCCCCAGGACUUUGUGUGCGUGUUUGAACAGUUGCAGCAUUGUUGUUACUCUUUUCAGCUUUGUUCUACAUGAAUCAAUAGAGAAUAGUGCCUUGCUCAGUAUUGGCUUUCAUGGCUAAGCCUACAUAAGGCUUAUUAUCUCGCAUGUUCAACAAAAGGGAUUGCGCGCGUGUGUGUAAAAUGUUCUUGCACCGUUUUACUCUUUCAAACUGCAUCAUACAGAGUGUCUGGAGAUUUAUGGAAAUAAAAAUGUGCUGCUGUUCUGGCUA